CUUCAUACCCACCUGGACGGCCAUCUGCGACAUAGCACAAUCUGGGAACUGGCUCAGGCCAAGAAGCUGGACCUAGGCUACGCGAGCUUAGCGGACUUGGUCAGGAAGACCAAACCCGCGCAGGGCUCCACGCUGCAGAACUACCUCAAAGAGAUGCCGGUGUUCCUCAGGACCAUCGUGGGCGACCGGAACGCCCUGGUGCGGGUGGCGUACGAGGCCGGCGUGGACCAAGGAGCGCAGGGCGUGCUGUACAGCGAGAUGCGGCUGUUCCCGCAGAUGCUGGCCAGCUCGCAGACGAGCCUGCCGCUCGACGGGUCGCCGCGCACCAUGAAGACGGCCCGGGACGUGGUGGAGGCCACCCUCGAGGGCUUCCGCAGGGCGGAGAACGAGUACGACGUCAAGCUGCGCCUGGUACUCGCCUGCUUCAGGGACAUGCCUGACUGGGCCCCCGAGGUGCUGGGCCUGUGCCAGGAGUUCCAGAAGAGAGGCGUGGUGGGCAUCGACGUGUGCGGCGUCUUCAAGCCCAAGCAGACCGCCUCCGAAGGCGAGGAGAUCCUCACGCCUGCCGUCAUCAAAGCCUUCGAGAAAGCGGCCGAGCUGGGAGUGCACCGAACGGCGCACGCCGGCGAGGCCGGCCCGUCCAGCAACAUCACGCGGGUCAUCGAGGAACUGCGCACCGAACGCAUCGGCCACGGCUACAGCGCUCUGCGGGAGGGCGGGAGCCCCUACAAGCUGGCCCUCCAGAGGGGCAUCCACUUCGAGAUCUGCCCGACCAGCAGCUACCUGACGGGCGCCGUCAAGCCGGGGGAGGAGCAUCCGCUGCUCAGGCUGAAGCGGGACCAUGCGAGCUACUCCCUGAACACGGAUGACCCGACCAUCACGCAAACCAAGGUGGACGACGAGUAUCAGCUCUGCCUAAAAGUGGGACUCCUGCCCAGCGACAUCCUCAACUCCAAUCGUGCAGCCAUCGCCGCCUGCUUCCUGCCCCCGAUCGAGAAAGAGGAGCUGAAAAAGAAGUACGAGAGGCUCACCGCUGCGUCCAGCCUAUGAGCCGCCCUUUUAGCGGAAACCCCGAAAGAAGACGAUCAAAUUAACGUGGCCUUCGAGGACAAUGGCGUGCUGUCGCUUUCGUCGUGCGACUCGGUGAAGCCCCAUUGGAUGCCAGUGAAAGACAAUGCGUCGGGUGCGAGUCCAGCGAGACGGACGUGGAAGUGAAUGCGAGACUAGUGCACCCAAAGGCAGCUCGGGCGAAGAUGGGGUGCCUUCGGUGCACAGUCUCGAUUGGAACGGCAACGGUCGUGACAACGCCUGUGCGUGGCUGCUUCAUCUGGACGCGGCAUAGGGCUUUCGACAAACGAUUCCCACUGUCUGCGUCUCGACACGUGACUUGUCUGCAAUUUGGGGAGCAUAUUCUUGGGUAGGACACUAAAUUAAUUUAAUAAAUAAAAAACAAUUUCGAGCGCGAUUUUGUUUUUUACGUUUUUUGAUGUAAUCUCAAUU